ACAGUAUCAUACGCGCACUUCGACGCUCCACUUGCGGGAAAUUAUCGGAAAAUCGCCGAAAAGCCGACGAAAACCACGUCGUGAACCGAUAUAAUAAGUGAUUGAUGAAAUUUGAAAAAAAAAAUGAAAGGCUGUAACUAUUAACUAUUUGUUGGGUUUUGUUUGGUGACUGAGUGUAGUAGUGGGUGAUGCUUUCGGUUAUUGAUGUGUUUCUUCUUGUGGAUAUGUGCAUCAUCUUCAGGGGACACUUCCUAAAUUUUAGCGAAUAAAACCCCAAGAAGUUCACAAAAUGAACGAACUGAUCAUCAAGAACUUCUUAAUAAUUUUAUUAUUUUGCUGGUUAUCUUCUGUUAAAGCAACUGAAAACCUUGUGGGAUCUUCAUCGGAGUCCGAUCUUAGUUCAUCGUCAAAAUCUCGAUUCGUCGAUAGCAUGAAACCAUCGCCGAGUGGCGGCGUGCAGCGACCCUACUUCGAUGAUGUAGGUCCUCGAAAUGUGACGGCUGUGGUAGGCCAAUCGGCUUUACUGAACUGUCGCGUUAAACAUCCCGGCGACAGAACGGUUUCUUGGAUGCGUAAACGGGACCUACAUAUACUUACAUCUGGGAUACAUACGUAUACAGGGGAUGCACGAUUCAGUGUACGCCAUCCAGAACACAGUGACGAUUGGGAUUUACGGGUGGAUUACGUUCAAAAACGGGACGGAGGAGUAUACGAAUGUCAAGUGAAUACGGAACCGAAGAUUAAUUUGGCAAUUAUGCUGAACGUCGACGAUGCACAAGCGUCGAUAUCCGGUCCACCAGAAGUAUACGUAAAGAAAGGUAGCACAAUUUCUUUAACCUGUACAGUUAAUGUUCACUCAACCCCACCGUCAUCGAUUCUAUGGUAUCAUGGUCACUCAGUUGUAGAUUUUGAUUCACCCAGAGGUGGAAUUAGCCUAGAAACUGAGAAAACGGAAGCAGGCACCACUAGCAAACUGUUAGUUACAAAGGCUCUGUUGAGUGAUACGGGGAACUAUACAUGUAUGCCGUCCAAUGCUAGCCCUGCAUCCACAGUAGUACAUGUAUUGAAUGGAGAGCAUCCGGCAGCGAUGCAGACUAGCAGAGCAGCACCCCACCAUCAGAUGGCAUUGUUAGCUUCUUCGCUUUGCACUCUCGUGGCAGUGAUCCUAACUAGAUGAUUGUAUGUCCCAUACAUAUCAAUCAGCAUCCUGCUCACCUUAAACUAGGCAGUGUCGGUAAAGGGUAUAACUUUUGUUAUCGUGUGAUAACGGAUGAUUUAACUAACAUGAUCUGAUGUUUUAUUAUUGAACGCCCAUCUAAUUUCAAAUAAUUCGACUUUUAUUCUUAGCUUUAAUUUUAUCAGAUGAAGAACACUUUGUUUGUAUUGUUUCCAUUUUUACAAUCAUUGUAUACUUAUUUCUAUUAAUAGUUCCAUUUAUUACUAUAAUUUUCUUGAUCUAUUAGUAUUUACGUUCACGAUCUAUUCUAUCAGAAAUUUUCCAUGUAAAUAUGCUUAGAUAUUUGUGAUUACUGUUUUGCUUUCGAUCAAUUCAAGCAAAAUCUUCGUUUUGUAUUAUAAACUUUAUGCUUUUCAUAUGGGGCAUUUGAAAAAUAAUGCUUUAAUUACACAAUAUUAUCAGAUUAUGAUAGUAGGACUUAUAUGAAGGAUUCAAAAAAAAUUUUCAAUAUUUAUUUCUGCUUGAUAUUUUAUGGUAGCGUAUAACCAUAUAAUAUGAUAUAUAUCUCAUAGAUAAUGUUAGUUUUCACUUUGUUUCAGAAAUUAUCAUACAAAGAGAUAGCCUCAAUAAUCAAAAAAUCUACGGUUCUAACAUAAAGUUCAGAUCUUUUAGACCUUGGUAAAACCAUUCUUUGAGCUUAGAUAAAAAGAAUUGUUGCACCAUCGUUUCAACAACACUUUUUGCUUUAACGUUUAAACCAACGUUCUGCUGUUCGAUCAUCAACUGUUUCUUCCCAUUCAAUUUCACAUAUUUACGGUGUUCAUUUUUUUUUUCAACCUCCUACAGGCUAUAAAUAGAAGACAAGUUCAUAUGAAACAAGUAUAAUUUUAUCACCAAAAGAUUGGUACUCUUUCGGUUACUUACAAGGUUUUCAAUACCCUCUUCAAAGGAAAUUGCCGCCAAUAAAUUCAAACUGACCUUGAAACUUCUGGAAAUUCCGUAGACAAAGCAGUAAUGGUGGAUCUGCGGUUUUGUUUAACCAUUGUGUCAACUAGUUGUACCAGGUCAUCUGAAACGACAGAUUUGCGUCCUUGACCGCCUUUAUAAUGCACAUCAUUACGGUCAUCAAGCUUGCGACAUCAUUCACGCAUAACACCAUCAAGUUUUUCCCAUACACACUCAUUAUCCGAUCGAUUUCUGCAGCACUAUUGCCUUCAGCCUGUGAAAAACGAAUCAUACUUUGCAAUUCACACUUGGUGGGAACAUCAACGAUGGCCGACAUGUUUACGUAGCUGUAGCACAACGCCGACUGAUGCCUGAAGUCAACAAUAGCGGAAUGUGUAGUGCGUGAGUUUUACAUUCGUAUACAGCGCAUGCCCGCUUCCUGCUGUUCGCGUAGCGUCUGCACGGAGCAAUCGGAGGUUGAAGAAAAAGCCAUUUUACUCUUCAUUGAAUUAGAGUCUUUACAAAAACAAAAUAAUUAAAUCGAGACGUAGGAGAUUUCACAUAUGAAAACCGAUAUUACUUAUGGGAUACUCUCUGUAACAUUCAAUUUCAAUGUAAAAACAUUCCAAUUCGGUGUAGACAUAUCUUGGUGACAGAUUUAUUUAGAGUGUUUCUAAAGUAAAUUUAUUUAAUUUUAAGACGACAAUCUUUCAUGAACAGGUGUAAUAAGUCUUGUGUGAAUUAAAGAGAAUUGAAAGAUUUUGAAUAGACAAAUUUCAACCCUGAUUAAAAUUUAUUUAGACCAUUCCGUGUUCAUUUGAUGAUCUUUAGAAUAUUGGUAAUCAUCAAGAAAUCAUUUUCAUCAUACCGACUUCGGUACAAUGGAUUCCUGCGGUUACUAUUACUAGGUAAUAUACGCUUCGAACUAAGCCAUUGUUUUAAGUUUGGAACCAGAGAAUAAUCGUAGAGCACCUUGUGUUUAUUGAGAUGUUGCAAUUCAGCUAAUUUGUUAAGAAUAAUAGCACAUUAUUGUGAUGAAACAAAACUUUUUUUUGGCAAAUGAGGUCAUUCGGCAAUAAAAUUACAAGACAAUAACCUACAAUUGAGGGAGCUACGUAACUGAAUGUCAGAAUAUUAUAUAUUAUAAUUACGACAGCUCCACAUUAUUUCAUAUAUUGGAUAUCACCUAGAAACUAGAUCAGGAGAUUCUUCCAACCAGUAAAUUUUUGUAACUCUUUCGUUUUUUUGCAUAUGAAGCCAAUCACAUAAAAUAUAACAAUUACAUAUAAAGUUCAUGCCCACCCUAUAGUUUGUGUGAUACAAAUGUAUCCUCUUUAGCUUCUAUUAUUUCGGUGCAUAAUCUUGGAAUUCUCUGUAAUGAUUUCGACAAAUAAUCGUCGCCUAUUCGGUUUCUUUUGUUUCCAAGAUAUUCCAAAGAUGUGAAGUUAAAGUAGGACGUUACUUUCUGACUUUCCAAUUUGUUCUACAACUCAUUCGGAUUGAGGUCGGGCGACUGUGAUGGCCAAAUCAUAACUUUCAUAAUAUUCUUCCUUUCCAAUUCUUUGAAAUAGCCUUUGUAAAGCUUAAAAGAAUUUUUGGGAUCGUUGUCAUACUUUAAGAAAAAUUUUCUGCCGAUCAGGUGCUGGACAGAACGUAGUAUUCUUUUUUUCAAUAUUUUUCAAAAUCAUUCGAUAAAACUCUCUCCCCCAUUUGUCCAUUGCAACCUCUAAAUUCUCAUUUGACGUCUUGAAAGAGGUUUCUUCACUGCCAUCCUUCCAAAAAGACCACGUUCUCUCGAUAUUCUUUUCACUGUAGAAGUGAACGUUUCUAUUAUAUUCUUCCACUGUGUAGACCACGGUACGUCGUGGUAUUUUUAAUUCUAUUACUAAUGGUACGUUUACCUAGAUUAUGACGACUUGCGAUCAAUGUACGAGUUUUAACGAUAGUUCAUAGGUUUUCUCCAUUUCAAGACUGAAUUGGGGAGAUCCAAGACAAUUCGUAUACAAACAAAAAGAUGUCUUGGUCCCUAAAGUAUAAAUAUACAGCACGCUCUUGCGUCUAGCGGGACUCGAUGGGACUAAACUAAAAUCAUGAACACAGUUGGAGAAUGAUAAUCAAAUAUAUAAGUUUUAAUUUGUGGCACUCACCUAAAAAAAAUAUAAAUAACGGAAACUAUUAUUUUUGGUUUGUAAGAUACAGUUUAGACCUUCGCUUUAUAAUAUAAAGGAGAAAUAUGUUAAAGGAUAUUAUUUUGAGAUUCAUCGAAUGAAUUUUUCAUGCAAGAUAUUGCUCCACAACAUUUUGCGUUGAUCUCAAAAUUGCGUAAGCACAAUCGUCCAGAUUUUUGUAGGAGAAUUAUAUUAAAUAACUCAUUUACAUAAACCCUAUAAUAACGUUUCAAAAUUGCACCUUGGAAAGCUUUAAUGUAAUAAUGUAAUAAUACUUGUAGUCAAAGUAUGUUCAUUCAAAAACAAUUCAACGCCCUUUCACUGAUUAAUGACAAGGCUUAUCACACUUUUCGUCUUAAAAUUAAAUAGCGAAUUUUCCCCAGCAAUCUACUUAAUCACAUCGAGAUCUCUUUUAGAGUUGAUUGUAUUCGUUUGAAGUCUCUAUUUCCAAUGCUCUACCCACACAGUGCCCUUCAUCGAUCUAAUUGAAAUCUGUCGAUAUCUGAGUUCUUUGUAAUGUUUUUAGAAUAAUGUUGGAAAUGUAGUAAUUAUUUUGUUGCUAUUUGAAAUCCGUCAACUCCUCACAUCUUACCUAAAUUACGCAUGGUUAAAACCUUGGUAUUGCUUUCUCAGAACAUACAGUUGCAUGGAGAGUUAAAAUAAGUGAUAAAGCAUCUAUUAGAAUUAACGUUAACUCAAAGAAUUUUCUAUUCCCUUAUAAAAUAAAAUAUUCCAAUUUGUCCUCUUAUAUGAACGAAAAAGAAUGAUUCCUGAAUAUUUUUUUCAUUUAUCAAGAGAUUAGGAAACAUUUCUGAUUCUUAAAACAAUUAAAACGGUACCACUUGUUUCAAAAGAAUCGAUAAACUUUUUCGAACCCAAGAAGCAUUUGAGGUGCUUUUUGAUUAUUUUAGAGACAUUAAAAGCAGCCUCAAUCGUCCGUAGUUGUGCAAGGUCAUUUUGACGUUAGUCUAAUAUAUGUUUGAUCUCUUUCUCGGUCGAAGCAGCAGACUGCGUACCCCACUUACAUUGAUAGCUCAAGAUGUUAUGUUAUUUCUGAUCUAGGAUAAAAACUGUGAUAACUUCCACUAUUCCUCCGAUAUAAAAGAAAGCAACAGAGCUCAUUUUUUAUGCAACUUGAUAUUUUUGCUGUUCCUUCCCUAUUUUAUUGGAAUUCAUCAAUUAAACAAACUCAAGCAGAAAUAAAUAAGAGAGUUAUCUUGUUUUAUUUAAAGUGUUCAAAAAACUCAAGUGUAAAUAAAUCAAAAAACCACAUUUUCUUGGAAAGGAGUGAAGUAUACUUUUCCUGUUUAAUUUCUGGUGCUAAGAAGAUGAUGAGAACUUUUAUAACAAAUACAAAGAUAAAUAUAAGUUAAAUCAAAAUAAAAUGGAACCGAGUAAGUGUAAUAAGUUGUAUGUGAUGUUAACAAAGACAUUAUGAAGAAAAAAAUUGAGAAAAACUGUAUAUAAUUCGUUUUAUAUUUCUAGGAGCACGAUAGAUGCAAUUUUAGGAGAAUUCAUUGUAAUUAUUAUUAUUACAUGUUGACUAUAUGUAGAUAUAUUGUUAUCAAUCAUAAGAAACUACGUUUGUUUCAUUUGAUUUGUUUCUUUUCAAUUUCUAUGCAACAAUCUAAAGUAAAAUUUUUUGCAGACAAUCAAAUUUUAUUAAUAAUAAUAUAAACAACAAAAUAUACUUGCGUCCAUAGAAACCAAUGUAAACUUUUGAAUUUAACUAUUUUUUUAUAAUUUAUCAGAUUUAAUAUGCUUUAAUAUGAGUACAAAUGUCUUCUUAUGUACAACAUAUGGAAAUCAAUGAAUUAGCAAAUUAAGCUCCUUUAUUAUAACAUCAUAACAAUAUAACAAAACAUAAAUAAGGUUUUUGGCUAUUUAAAAUUCAACACUUAAUUUCGUAAUGAUGAGUAUCAACUUUUCUUGCUCUAAUAAGGCAUAUAUCUAAACACGUUAACUACUGCUUCCUGUGUGAUGUUAAGCUAUUGUUCUUCUACAACAAUAAGCUCUGGGAUCGAGUUUGGAGUAGGAAAUCUAGCUCGAAUACUUCUUUCUAGCUCAUCCCAUUAUUGUUCUAUCGGAACUGUAUGAUGACCACUCCAUAACCUCUCGAUAUAUCUAUCAGCCGUUGAAUCUCUUCUACCGUGAACACGGUCACCUCUACAAAUGAACACAGAGUCGGUUCUUGCUCAUAUAGAAAUUACACCCUUGAUCUUGCAGAAACCACAUCCAUAAGCAUUCAACUCUUCAAAGCAGCAAUCUGUAAAUCGCACUCUUAGUCUUUAGUACACUUUUCUUCAUCAGUAGCUACCAUGGAAGCAUAGUUAUUCUGGUCUCUCUGAGAACAGAACAGAUCCCCAUUGUUCGAAGAUCCAGUGAUGUUCGGAUGAUCCUGUGCAAAGCGCUUGCUUGCCGAUGAGCUAGAGUAAGUUUAGGACCAAUCGCAAAUUUUUUAGGACACAGGUUAUUUUCCAGUAGUCUUCAUCUUACUUUCCACUGACUAGUAGCCACUCUUCAUACCUCCCGGAGCAGUCGUUGCACUUGUUUCAGGUCACUUAUGAAAGUAUCCAGUCUCCUCAUAAUGCUGGCACACUCUUCGAAUCGCUGUGCAGGUCAUAUCCAAUUAUCUAGCAACACUAGUUUACAGUGGACCGAUUUCUAUGCACGAAAGUGUAUAUUAAUCAACCAUAUUAUCCGUAAACAAUAUUAUCACAAUAUAACACAAGUGAGAGAUUUUAUCUGAAACGAAAAUUUUGAUAAAGAAGUCUAGUAUACGUAAUGUUACGCUGGGGGCAAAUAUGUUCCAAUUGAGGCAGCAAAUGAAAAACAUGGCAACAGUGAUGCUACCAUCAUUGUUUGGUCCCUUCGAUGAAAUAAUGGCGUCGUGUUGCCAAAGUAAUCGGAUUUUUUGAGUUUAUGCUAGCUUAAAUCUUUCGAGAAAAGUACGUUUUUGUAAAUUGAAUAUGUAAUAACAGCACUCAUGCUGGAGGUAAUUAAAAAAAUCAUAUAUUUGAAGAAAAAUACAAAAUUUUCAAAAUAUGAGGAAUCCAUACGUUCACGUACCGUUACAUCAGGUUGAAGAUCAAAAACAGGUGGAACUGAACCGAAAUAAAAUUUAUUUAUCUUGGGACUUGUUUGACCAGCUUACCAAGUUUCUAUAUAUUUUAAAUUUAAAUCCAAUUGUCAAGUAUUUCGAUCAAAAAAUUAUUUUUGUCUCUAUUACUCUCACAAUGAUUAUUUCACCAUUUACAUCAUGGUAACAUUUGAGACUUCACCUUGUUACAGAUCAUUUGAAAUCUAUUAUUGUUUCCGUGAAUCCUUGUCUGAAAACUUCUAGAAUUGUUGUUGAAACACCAUCAAUUUUAAACAGUACUAAUUGCAUAGAAAUUACUUUCACUUCAAUUUAUAUUAUUUAUAAAGAAUUUAUUCAAUAAAAUCAAUAUUUGCACUAUAAUAUCUUCAGGAAUAAAUCACUCGCUAAUACAUCUCUAUUUUAAUUAAAUUUUUCGCACCUAAUUUAUGAAUUAUAGGGAUUGUAACUUAAUGUACUAACGUCAUGUGAAAACUGUGUGAUUACAUUCUAUAAAAGGAACACCGCAUGUGGAAUGAAUUUUCGAGUAGAUAUAUUUGUGGAAUCAGCUGUUAUUCAUAUUAAAAAUGAUAACUUAAUAUCAACCGACUAACUUUAAUAAACGGAGAUGUACAAACCAAAUCAAAAUUAAUUAUUAUAUUGAACUCAUUGCUUUGAAAGUUAAAUGUCAUGUUUAUCGAUAAUUUAGCUGAAUAAUUUCAUAUUUAUCUUUUUAUAAUAUAAUCAACUCCGCGUUUAGUUUAGGACCAAGAUAUUGAGCAUGUUAUAAAUUGUAUACAUCCCCUUAUCCAACGACAUUUAAACUCUUUAGCAACUUCUUCAAGAUCUCUAUCUUCAUUAUGGAGUUAGUUCGUCUUAUCUAAACUCUUCCGCAAAAUGAAAACUUUUCCAAAAUAUCAUCAAAGUUGUGAUAUAAAUUGAUUGUAAUAUAACUUAUUGAAUGGUUGGUCCAGAAAGACGACGCAACUUUCUAUUCUUAUGAAGGUAAUUGGGAGAUUAUCUUUAUAAGUUAUCUCCGAAAUGAAUUUUAAUUGAAUAUGAACAGUAAUAAUGGAUAAAACAAAAUAAAUUCGAUAUUUUAAUGAAAUUAGGACUAGAAGAUGAUACAUAUAGUAACUCUAAAUCCAGCGUGCGGAUUUGUGAAACCAGCAAUUCAGUCCAUAAUUUAAUAAUGGAGUGAUCUCCUCUAACCUGUCAUAUAUUUUACGAGAAGUCAAUUCAACGAUUCGUUUUCUACGAUUUUCACAAGGCUCUAUAAUAAUUAAAUAUAUUUCCCCGUGGAAAAAUAUGAAAAAGGAUAAAAACUAUUUGAUUCUAUUUUGAUAUUUUAAGAUUCGUGCUUCCAUUAUCCAUUAAGUGAAAAAGAAGAGAAGAAAAAAACUUUACUGCGAUGGAAGGAGUGAAUCACGGAAUAGGAAGUGAAACAAGAGAUAAGGAGAAUCCAAAUAGAAAAAGCUAGAUAUUCCAUUAAGCAUGGAGCACAAAUAAAAUCAAACGAUACCACUACAUAAAAGAGGAGAUGCGAAAAAAACAUAUACGAAAAUCAUUGAGACAAGAAUAAGGAAAUUUAUUGAUGAGGAAAUGGGGGAGAACAAAAUGCAUAUAUAAUUGGGAAUGAAACAAUAAAUAACAUAUACAUAUUAAGGAACUCAAUAGUAAAGAAAAUAGAACAGGGAGAAGAAUCGCUUAUUAAAUUCAUUGAUUUGAAAGCUGCAUACAACUCAAUAUAUAGAGAAAUGGUAUUGGAUACCACGAAGGAAAUCCAUAGAAAGAUAAUACAAGAAAUAUAUGAAUGUCCAAAUAGACGGAAGAAGUUCGACAGAGUUCAGUAUGUAGAUAGUCCCUUCUAUUUAUAUUUAUCAUGGAUAGGACGAUAGAAACAGUGAAACAAAAGAGCAAUAAACUGGAUACAUUAAUUGGGUACAAAACUCUAGAAUUGAUGAAAAUAUGCGAGUUAGAAUAUGCAGACCAUAAAGCAAUAGUAGCAAAUACAUUUGAAAAGAUGGAAGGAAAAGUAGACAUAUAGAUAAAGAUAGAAAAUAGAAAAACUAAGAAUGGAAGUGGUUUCUGACCACUCCUGGAGCGGUCUAGCUCAUGAGCUUUUCGUUUUUGAUUCAAACCACAUUUUAUUAUGUCCAUAAUUCUUUUCAGUUCAAUUUCCGUGAGUUUAACAUUCAAAAGAGAGGAGAAAACUGAGAUGGUAAUAUUUCUUCAACAUAUAAUGCCUUAGAAUAAUAUCAAACAUGGUUUGUUUACAUAAUGUGAUGAUAUGAAUCACAAAAGGAUGAUUCUAGAAUUUAUGAAGUAUACUUGUGAAUUUUGGGACCAAGGGUUACACUCACAUCUUUAAUUGAUAAAUUUUGAUCAAAUUAGAAAUGCAUCACAGCCUUAAAAAUACACUUUUCGCUAAUACAAGUCCAAUAUACGACUCAAUUCCCUUCAACUUCAAAAAGUUCAGAAAUAAGAAUUAUAAUGACUUGGUAUUACAAGCUAUUUUAUUGAAUUUUUUUCAUUGCUAACAGAAAAAAUCGAUGAGGCUAUUAACUGAAAAGUUAAUAAUUGAAAAAACGUAUAACUUAUGUUUCCACAUAUUUUUCCACCACAUGAUUGUUCCGAUGAAAUUGGUUUCAGAAUAUCUUCUAAGAAUUUCAUGUUCAAUUUCAAACCGAUACUAAAUUAUUCCGUUUAAUGUUGAUAUCCAAUAAAAUCAACAUUUAUUGGAAUUAUUUCCUCGAUAUCUAAGAUAAUGAACAAUUUUUUUUCACGGAAUAUAGCUAUAAAAAAAUAAUUUAUGCCUGGAAAUAUACAUAAUGCAAGGAAACGUUAUUAUUAUUACUAUUUUAUUAAAAAAAUGUA